UCCCCCCUCCCUCCAUCCGACAAUGUCUUCCCCGGAAAUCGCUUCCCUCUCUUGGGGCCGGAUGACGGUGAAAGGCUGUUCCACAACGUACAAGGACUGCAAAGUAUGGCCGGGAGGCAGCCGGACGUGGGACUGGAGAGAAACAGGAACAGAUCACGUCCCUGGUGUGCAGCCAGCCGACGUUGAAGAAGUAAUUCAGAAGGGUGCGAAAACCGUAGUGAUCGGCCGUGGCAUGAGCGAAGUCCUGCAGGUGCCGUCCUCCACUGUGGACUAUCUCAAGAAACACGGGAUCGACGUGCGAGUCCUGCAGACUGAGAAGGCCGUGAGAGAGUACAACGCUUUGGCUCUGCAAGGGGUUAAAGUGGGCGGGGUCUUCCAUUCCACCUGCUAGAGCCAGAUUUACCACGCCCCGCCCCCCCCCUCAACUGUCCCACCAUCUUGUGCCUUGGGCCGAAUAAAAUAAAUUGGGGGUAGC